GUGCUGCCGUAUGAUUCCACGCUGAGGUUGGGGGUGAGGUGGAACUGGAAGAGACUGGUGACCGGGGGAAGGCCAAGUGAGGAGUGGGUUUUGAGGGAGAGGCCAGAGUACGAGGUUGAUUGGGGGAGGGAUGUGGGGGUUGUGUUGAAGACGGGGUAUGGGACUCGGGGGAGGGUUCCGGCUUGGUUUGAGAGUGUUGGGGGGUGGGGGGAGGUGGUUGUGAUUGCUGAUUAUGGGGGGGAGAUGGUUUUGGGUGAUGGGGGGGAGAGGGUGGUCAAGGUGUAUGAUAUGGUGGAGAGGGGGUUGGAGAAUCCGAUUUUGGGGGGUUUGUUGGGGCAUAAGAGGGUGGGGAAGUAUGAGAGGUUGACUGCUGCUGUUGGGGCGAAGGAUGAGGAGCUGGCGGGGGGUUUGUCAAAGGAGUUUGGGUGGGAGUUGGACGCGUUGAAGUUUAUACCUGGGCUGGAGUUUGCGUAUCAGAGGUGGCCGGACAAGAAGUGGUAUUUGCUGGUGGAUGAUGAUACUUUUCUGGUGGAGACGAGUGUGAAGAGGUUUUUGGGACAUUUUGACCCGGAGGAGAAGCACUAUCUUGGUAAUGCCGUUGGUGACUUUCGGGCGAGGUUUGCGCAUGGGGGGUCGGCGGUUAUCUUGUCGCAGGCGGCGAUGAGGGCGUUGGUGAAGGAGAAUCCGAAGGCGCUCAAGACGAGUUAUUUGGAGAGUUUGGAUGAGGUUUGGGGGGAUCGGUUGUUGGCGAAGGCGCUGAUUAGGGUGGGAAUUUAUCUGGAUGAGAGGUAUGCGUAUUUGUUCAAUGGGGAGCCGCCGAGGAGGAGUAAAAUCAGAGGGGACAGGAUGUGUUCUCCUAUCUUGAGCUUUCACACGUUGCCUCAGCCGGAGAUGAUGAGGGACGUUGGGGAGCAUUUUAGGAAUGUGACGGAGCCGGUGUUUUGGUUGGAUUUGUGGAAGAUUUAUGGGGUGCCUGCUCCUUGGAGGUGGGAUCCUGAAAUGACGAAGAAGACGAUCAAGGAUCCGAAGCAGAGGGAGGAGAUGUCGAGGAUUGUGCUGCGGGAUGUCAAGAGUGAAUGGGAGUGCUUGGCGGAGUACAACCGGCGGUUUCGCGCUAGUAUCGGGACCGGUUGGGCUUGGGGGAAGCCAGAGCCGGAUGUGUGUGUUAUUUUCCGGUCUGCGCCGCCGUUUGAUUCAGAGGUGGAUGCUUGGACUUUGGACUGGGAUUAUGUUGGGCCGGUGGAUGAGGCUGUUUACACGCAUGAGAAUGUUGCGUCGGCGCAGGAUUGCAUGGAGAAGUGCACGGAAAAGGCUUUCAAGACGUGUAUCGCUUGGACGUGGGAGUCAUCCACGGGGAGGUGUCAUGUCAGUCCGUGGAUGAUAGUGGGGGAAGAAGUGAAGGAGCAAGAUAAGGUGUCGGGGUUUAAUAUUAGAAGGGUGAGGAAGCUGGAAAGGGAGUGUCCUACGUUUGAUGGGUAUGAAAGUAGGAGGGAUUGA